GCAACAUUCUAGUGAGGGUUAGACGAGGGCUGGCAGAGUAAGUGAGACACUGAAGUAUCGAGAGCUGAAACUGAUUUUAUUUCCUUGAAGAGCUGGCUUUGAAAGGAAUCGGUGGAGUAGUGCAGCUAUCGUAUCAGCAUGCAGGCUUUACCUCUGAGUGACGGACAGACCCUGGAUCUUCUGAAGGGCAGGGGAAGUGGAAUUGCAGAGGAGAUAUCCAAUGUGGUGCGUGUCUUCAUCAGCUCCACAUUCACAGACAUGUCUACUGAGAGAGAUGCUCUGCUGGACAAAGCCUACCCUGAGCUGCAGGCUUUCUGUCAGACACUGGGCCUGGUCUUUGAGGUAGUGGAUAUGCGAUGGGGAGUGCGUGAUGCGAUAGCUGUGGAUCACAUGACAAUUGAACUGUGCUUAAGGGAGAUACAGUCCUGCCAGAGAGUGUCUGUGGGGCCAAUCUUCACUGCUCUGAUUGGAAACCGCUAUGGCUACCGCCCCAUUCCCAGAGUCAUUGAAGAACAGGAGUUUGAGCUUCUUCUGUCCAAAUUGAGUGCAGAUGAAAGCACUACGCAGCUCCUCAAAGACUGGUUCUGGAAGGAUGAGAACUCAGUGCCCCCUGCCUACAUCCUGCAGCCCAUCACCACCCACCUGCCCCACUACAGCGACACCAGACCCGAGAGCCGGCCGCAGCACCAGCACGAUGUCGCCACCUGGUGGAGCACCGAGACACAGCUUUCUCGUCUCCUCAGAGCAGCCGCUGUGCAGGCAGAGAAGGAGGGGGAGUUCAGCAGGGAGCAGAGGCACAGGUUCUUCAAAUCAGUUACUGAAUGGGAAAUUGAACAGGGUCUCCUAGCUAGCCAGCAGAGCAAUGCCUGCGUGCAUCUCUUUCUUCGAGAGCUGCCUGAUCUCAGUGGCUCUGUAAGUCAGAAGAGUUCUUCCCAGUUUAUCGAUAUCAAGGAAGAUGGCUGCGUCGACACUGAAGCCCAGGAACUCCUCUCCAGCCUAAAGAUGAAGAUUUCUAGCAACGAUUCCAUCAAACUCAAUGUGCACACCGUACAACUCAGCAAAGGAGCCAUAGACCCCUGCAACAAGACCCAUGCCCAGUACCUUCAGACCCUAUGCGAGCAGUUCAUCUCUGAGAUGAAACAGCAGAUCCUCCGAAGAGACCAAAAGAACCGGGCAGAAGAGAAGUGGGCUUGGCUUUUACAGGAGGUCUCCCACCACAUGGCUUUGAGUGCCUCCAAAUGUGCUGUCUUCUGUGGCCGAGCAGACCUGCUAAACAGCAUCUGUGAAACCGUCAAGGAGCAGGAUUCUGGCCACCAUGCCCCUCUGGUUGUCUUUGGUCCUUCUGGAAUAGGAAAGACCUCAAUGAUGUGCAAACUGUCCCAGGAAGUGCGUCGCACACUCGGGGAGGACUCCGUUCUGGUUUUGAGGCUUCUCGGAACAUCUCCCAUGAGUUCGGAGAUCCACUCCGUUCUGAAAAGCGUUUGCUUCCAAAUUUGUUCGGCUUAUGGAUUCAAUCAUCCCACUCUCCAAACAAUCAACGCGUACGAAGACCUUGUCCGUUUCUUUCAAAGCACGCUAGCGGCUGCCUCCCAGAAGAAGGCAGGAUCGUUGGUCCUGAUUCUGGAUUCCCUGGACCAGCUUUCCCCUGCUGAUGGAGCUCACAGACUGCACUGGCUACCCAAGGAGUGUCCGCAAGGAGUCCACAUCAUCGUCUCCACCCUGGGGGAUGGGAAUCCCAUUCUGGAGGUCCUCCUUGGUGGGAUCCAGAACCCAGACAGUUACUUUGCUGUGGGGCAGUUGUCUCUCCAACAAGGUGAGCAGGUGAUCCGCACGUACAUGGCAGCGGCAGGGCGCAGUCUCACCCCUGCCCAGCACAGUCUGAUUCUCAGCAGCUUCAAUCAGUGUGGGCAUCCAUUCCUGCUGAAGCUGGCACUGGAUGCUGCCAGCCAGUGGGCCUCCUACACGCCUCUGCCAGAGCUCCAGGGGGCCACAUCGACCAAGGAAGCCGUGUCCCAACUCUACGAGCGUCUUGAGAAGCAGCACGGAAGGGUCCUUGUGACCCACGCUUUGGGGUUCAUUGUGUCGUCAAGGAGUGGUCUGACGGAGGCAGAGCUAAGGGACGUCCUGUCUGUGGAUGACGAGGUUCUUGCUGAUAUCUACCAGUACUGGCCUCCUCCCAACAGCAGUAUGAUCCGCCUGCCCCCGCUACUCUGGACUCGACUGCGUUACGACCUGGGGGAAUACCUAGUGGAGAGGCAGGUGGAUGGAAACAAAGUGCUGGCACUCUACCACAGGCAGUUCAUAGAAAUGGUCCAGGAAAGAUACUUGUCUGCGGAGCAGAAAUCCCGAAGACAUCAUGUCUUGGCAGAUUUCUUUAAAGGAACGUGGAGUCAGGGAGCGAGGAAACCGAUCUGUCUGCCUUCUCUGAAAACCAGCCUGAACGCCAACCGAAAGGUGGCCUCCCAGCCUUUGUGGUUCACUGACAACGUGGCCAAUCUGAGGAAGCUUCGGGAACUGCCUUUCCAUCUGCUGCACGCCGGCCGCAGAGACGAGCUCAAACACAACGUCAUUGGUAAUAUGGACUGGCUUGUUUGUAAGACUCAAGCCUGUGGAAUAAGGAGUGUCAUUGAAGACCUGUGCAUGUGCGCUGAGCAUAUUGACUGUCCUGAAGUGCGGCUUGUGCGAGAUGCAUUUCUCCUUUUCAAACCAACCAUGGAUUUCAUCGAGGGACAAAUGGAUAGCUGUCUGCUGCACACCGAGCUUCUUGCCAGACUCCACUUCUUUGCGGACUCAUACUCUCUGAUUGGGUCUCUGUGCUCGCAGUGCAGUGACUUUCUCAGCACCUCUCCCAACCCCACCUUCAUCCCCCUGUCGGGAUUCUUUCAGCCCCCCGGCGGGCCAUUAAAGACCACCCUGACUGGAUUUAAUAAAGGUAUCACAGUGCUGGAGCUGUGCUCACAGUCCAGGCUGCUGCUGGUCGGAGCGGAGGACGGCAGAAUGAUUGUGUGGAAUGUGAACGACACUGAAGUGAUCCACACCCUGACCGGACACACGGCGGAGGUGCAGUGUGUCAGGGUGAUUGGAAAGGGCACUCGCUGUGUGUCCAGCUCCUAUGAUCAAACUCUGCGUGUAUGGAGCCUGGUGACGGGGAAGCAGCUUCACUGCAUCGAGGAGGGGCCUCGCGGCCCCCAGAACUGUGCCCUGCUUCACGUGGAGGAGGAGAGGGGCAUCAUAUACUCCGGGACCAGCGCUCAGUUGAAUGCCUGGCAGCUGGAGACGGGCUCUCUGCUCUUCUGCAUUGACUCAGAGAGCGCUGUGUUCACUGUGAUCCCCGGGGGCGAUGAGCCUGGCAUAGCCCUUGCUGAAGGAGGCCUGCUCACACUGUGGGACAGAGGCACAGGCCGGUUAGGAAUGACCUCCAAGCUCUGUGACCUGGGAAGAGCCGUGCCCACAUGCACCCUUCCACUGAGAACACACAGGAGACUAGCAGCCGGGUUCAGCGAUGGAUCAGUACUCCUGAUUUCUACAGAUGGCAGGUUUGAUGCUCAGAAAGUUGCUUCUUCUAUUUCAUUUCUUGUUGUUUCUGAAGACGAGACAGUCCUUUGUGCAGGCCAUGGUAAGAGUGUUGCAGUGUUCCAGUUAGACCCCUCCGCGAUGGAGAGGUGCUUUGUGAAUGACCUGGAGCAUGAAGACACUGUGCUGACAGCAGCCGUGGGCACCACACAAGGAGUUCUGAUCACCGGCUCAAAGAACGAAGCGAUACGGGUGUGGAGUUUGUCCAGUGGUGCGCUGCUGGACUCGUUCUCUGGGAUGGGGGUCUCGGUCACUGCACUGGUGUUGGUGGAGGAUACUCUCAUCUCUGCUUCAAGACAUGCUUAUUACCUGAAGCUGUGGCGUCUUCACUACAACCCGAGAAACAAGACCACUGCCCCUGUCCCCGCCUGCAGCCUGCUCACUGCUGUGUCACACCACGGGGAGUAUGUGUACUUCCUGAAACCCGGAGACAGAAAGAAAGUCAUUGUGUGGGACUACCUGCAAGGUUCUUCUGUUGAUACGAUUGACUGCUCAGCAGAGGUGUGCUGUCUGGAAGUGGCUCAGCUGAAGAAGCUGCUCUUCUGUGGAGUGCGAUCAGGAACAGUGCUGGUCUAUCCACUGGAAUUCAGACAUGACGCGAUGUGCAUUCCCCCACCAGAACCGCUCCAGAAGGUGUGCAGCAUUGGGCUCAGCAAACUGGAGGACAGGCUAGCUGUGGCGUACGAGGACACUAUACUUGUAUUUGAUUUCAACCCUGGAAAGGAUUACCCAGUAAUUCCAGGGCCUAUUCACAAACUAGCCGCCCCUCAGCACACUGUGUCCAGUAUCGCGGUGCUGUCAGACUGCAGUCUUCUCUGUGGCUUGGAGAAUGGUGAGGUGUCUUUCCUAAAGGACUCGAAUGCAGUUCCUCUUCAGGCCCACUCCAGUCAGAUCACUUGCAUAGCCAUCAGUAACCAGGAAAUCCAUGCGCUUGUAGGCUCUCAGGAUUCAAUACAAAGACUGUGGAACUUAAAACUGGGCCUGCUGGAUCAUGAGAUGAAAUAUAAGAGCUUCUUUUUCGAGGGGAUUCUCUGCGCUGCGUUCUCUCAGGAUGAUCAGUAUGUUUACACUGGAUCCCAUGAUAGGUCCAUUAAAGUGUGGCACACUGGGAACGGGAGCCUGCUGGCAGUGCAGUAUGUCUACGCUUCAGUUCCCAGGAUAGUAGCCACUUCAGAGGGGUUCAUUGCAGUCUCACACCUGGGGUACAUCAUCAAGGAGAGAUUCAUCAGCCCCAAGAGAAUCCGACCCCAGUACAACCCACUGCAGAACAGCAGAGACCAAUACAAAGUGACCUCCAGAGAGAGAGCAGCCCUACCACUCCUCAGAGCACCAGCACAGCAGGGCAAGAGCAGCAAACCCACGCUGAAGAGAUCUCAGUCAUGUGCUGUGUUAUGAGAAGCAAUGAGCACACACAGGGGGACCUCAUGUAAUAAUCACACAGAGAGGCCUCAUGUAAUAAUCACACAGAGAGGCCUCAUGUAAUAAUCACACACAGAGAGGCCUCAUGUAAUAAUCACACAGGGGAACCUCAUGUAAUAAUCACACACAGGGGAACCUCAUGUAAUAUUCACACACAGAGAGGCCUCAUGUAAUAAUCACACACAGAGAGGCCUCAUGUAAUAAUCACACAGGGGAACCUCAUGUAAUAAUCACACACAGGGGAACCUCAUGUAAUAUUCACACACAGAGAGGCCUCAUGUAAUAAUCACACACAGAGAGGCCUCAUGUAAUAAUCACACAGGGGAACCUCAUGUAAUAAUCACACACAGGGGAACCUCAUGUAAUAUUCACACACAGAGAGGCCUCAUGUAAUAUUCACACACAGGGGAACCUCAUGUAAUAAUCACACACAGGGGAACCUCAUGUAAUAAUCACAGAGAGGCCUCAUGUAAUAAUCACACAGAGGCCUCAUGUAAUAACCACACAGUAUCUGAGAGGGGAGGAAUCUGUGUAUAAAUCAAGAGUUUAUCUGAUUAUAGCCCAAUGCAAUUGGAAACAUCUACAGGAGUGUAGAAAAGAUUGGCAAAGACACACUUUUAUAUUUUUACACCCCAGCACUUGGGUCUUCAAUCAUCUCAGUGAUUCAACAUGGCAUGGCUACCCAUUCCACACACCCAGCACUCUCUGUGUGAAAAGGAAAGGGCUUCCUUCCCUUUUGAAUUUGUCCCCACUUUGACAUUGCCACUGGGCUGUUGGUCCCUUUUGGGAUUUAAAAAACUGCUCAAAUCUCCCUGUCAUUUCCAGGCUAAAUAGAUUGAGUUGCCUCAGCCUCUCAUCUUCAGCACUCAUUUAGUCCUGGGAUUAGGCUGGGUGCUCUUCAUACUCUAUACUGUAGAAGUAAGCCCCAUUCAAUUACCUGCCGUAACAUAUUCCGUGCACUAGAUGGUGCUGGCGCUUAUUUCUAUAAAGACACUCGCCUACAUUACACAUGCCUGCAAGUUGAAAUGGUUGCCUACAUGACUUUCUUAUAAGUUUUACAUUAUAACUGAUGAUGGUUGCGUGAUCUGUAGGACUGUAAGAGUAGCUAAAAGGGUUACACAUCUUUUUAAUUGCAACAGCACCUUUACAUUGUAUCAAAACAUUGAUAAUAGAUAAGACACAGGGCGCUCUGCUUAACUGGGCGACUCCCUCAAAUUCCAACUUGUUUGGGUCCCCAAUCUUGAAGCAAUAAGAUAUGUGUGUAAUUUGAAAAACAAACCCAAGGUUACGAAAGAGCUGUCUUUUUGUUUUAGUGAGAUUGCUGGUCAGAAAGAGAAAGAGGAGCACAUAGAGAACUUGGAAACAACAGCUUCAAUAACAUCCAGCUAAAACACCCCAGUAAUUCAACCAGCUUGGAAGUAAACCCAAAUAUUGUUCAAAGGACUUAAAAAGAAACCUUAUUAACCUGGAUCACCAUUAAAGAAAGGGACAGUUAAUGAUUGAUGAAUUAAUUAUGGUCUGUGUGUCCUGCCGAGUUGGACACCUCAAUGCGAAGAGACCCGAUAGGGACAGCACUCUGGAGAGGAUUUCUCAUCAACAAAGACCUGAUAGGGACAGCAGACUUCGGAUCAGCUCUGCAGAAUAACACAGUCUUCUCCAUUGAACUAAUAGAAAAGAGUUAUAGAAAAUAUAGCUGGGGAAUGUAAUACAUGCAUAUUUACAGUAAGGUUGAUAUGUGUGAAAUAUAAAAGGGUGUUUUAUAUGUUGUUUAUUAACAAAAGGGGCUGAAGUAAGAAUUUAAUGAGUGAUUUAACAAGCAUAGCGUGAGAAUCAUAUAGUGAUCUAAGAAAUUGAGUAAAAGGUACUAGAAUAAAUAAGAACAAGUGAAAUGGGUGUUACAUUUGUGUGCCGUGAAUUCUAAUUGUAGGAAAUACAAUUUAACAAUAGAUUGAUGAAUAAUGAAUUACUAGUUUGUAACAUUUUAUUAAUUAGAAUUCACUGAAGUCUGAAUAUUAGUGUUAUCUGAAUAUUAGUGAUUGCUGAAACAUAAUGAACUGAUUUAUGCUAUUUUGAUAUUAAUCUUCUUUUCUACUUUUAUACUGUACCUAUUUUCUGACCUUGAUAAAAUUCAUAAAAAUAUAUACGGUGUUAUGUGAUUGUGGCAAUGUGCCCCGUCCCUGUGUGCAUUUGUAUGUUGCGUGCGUGUGUUAAUGUUGGUGUAUAGUCAUUGGUACACGGGAUAUAAACGGGUCUGUGUUUCACGUAUAUUUAAAAAGUGUAGAUUUGUAUUUAGGCACGAGGAGAGCACAAAUCACUUCACGUGCUGGUUAAAUGUAAUAUGUGAGCACGGGGUUGCACAGAAUUAAUUCACGUGCUGGGAUUCAAGUGAAUAAUUAAUUAGUAAUUGAAUCCCAGCACAACAGUAUAAAUAGGCACAUUUUUAGUCACUCGUGGUUAGGUGUUUAGAGAGUGGAGAACGGGUGAGAGAGAAAGGAGUAAUUAGCAGUAAAGAUCGUAAAUAUAAGUGUUUGUUCUCACCGUGUUCGUCUGUCUGUCCUGCACCGUUUGUCUGUGUAGUCCGUUUUGUUUGUCUAUUUAUUUUGGCGCAAGUGCCGUGUCCUGUUUUGUAUUCCAUUGUUCAAACCUUUUAUUUUCUGUGCUGUUUUAUUAAAUGCUGAGCGAAACCAUUCGCUCAGCUCCACCAAAAAAAAAAAAAAAAAAAAAAAAAGGAAAAA